AUGGCUUUGUGUCACCAUGAUGGCGCAGAGAGCACCACCAUAUUGGUCGGGAACAAUACAGGCACCUAUAUCGGAGAGAAGAACACUAGGAUAAAGAGCACGACGUACGCGAUUACGGCAGAGGAGGUCAAUCAGCACUUUACAACGCGCAGAUGCAACCCAUGCAAGAAAGAUUUUCUCUUCUGCCACACAUGCCCUCAUACCAAACACUCCAAUAGCAACGACAUCGGCGGAUGGGUCAACCCCAUCCAAAUCUGUGGCGCCAAGGAAGUGGCUGUGCGCGCUUGUAAACACCGAGACAACGAGUGGCACAGAUUCUUUCGAGGAGCAGAAGCGAUAACAAAGCUCUCAACGGUGGAAGGAGAAUCGUCAAUAGAGCUGAUCAUGGAUCGAAUCAACGAGGCUUGCCGAGUCGACUCUGGUCAAAAGUGCAUCGUCAACGAAGAUAAACUGAGGAGUUUCUUUCCGGAGAUAAGCGAUGAUCAACUAUCGGCCAUCAAGAUCAUGCAUUGGCCAUUAAAAGAGGAAGUGGAAUCGAAGAAGAAGCGACUGACUCUAACUUAUUCAAAAGCCAUGGGGAGCCAGGGGAUGGCAGAGGAGAUGGUGAAAAAAAGGUUUUUAGAGAUCGACAAUGUGAGCUAUCGGUUCUCAAGGAAGAGACAGCGAGAUCUCAGUAGCAGCGACACCGACGAGGAAGAGGCGAAGCGAGUCUGCCCAAUAGAGUCAAGAGGCAUCGGCCCGAUCAUGAUCCCUGGAGGAAACGACGAUGGCACAGAAACGAAGUACAUGCCUCCAUCCCCAACUAACGUCGACGUCACCAUGCUUGCUUUCUCUCCAGGUCCUGUGGACAGGUUGCCGAAGGUCCUAUCAAUCAUUGAGAGUUGUGUUUGUAGCACCGGGAUGCACCAAGAAAGAGAAUUGGCUUCUCUUCUGCAAACCAUUCUGAAGGAAGCUGUGUGUGUGUCGCAUUGCUAUCUGAAUGAUGACAAGCACAACUACUUGCGAGACCUCCAUGAGUCCGGUCGGGAGCUUCCAGGCAUGAUCAGCAUGUGCGGCAACCACCUCUUAGAAAUCUUCCACCACUGCCAGGACGAGGACGAGGCCGCCCCCUUGAACGACCAUGUGUUCGGCACGUCGUAUCAAGAACUCUCGGAUGCUCUCAACUGGUACGAGAGCCUCCGACCGACAGACGAGCACAGCAGGGGGGCGUUUGCCGCUGUGCUCUUCGUCUCUCGCUGGCUGAUGCACAACUUCUCCCACAUAGGUGAGCAGGAGCAGGUGAAGCAAUUUUUCGAGGAGUUCAAGGAGACUUUCAGCAAACCCUACGAGAACGGAGCUGCCGUGAAAAAUUUCUUUGAGAACGUGAUCGACUUUCUCUGCGUUAGCAAGUGGGGCCUCAAGAAUCAGCCGAUCAAGCAGGAGGUGAUCUAUGAGGGAAGUUACGUCGUCCUGCUCCGCAUGCCUCGCGUGUUCGGCAGCGUCUUCCUCAACCUGAUGGAGGAGGACAAACAGGUGAACAUGCGGGUGAGGGAUGCCGGGCUCGAGAGCAUCGUCACGAGCCACUGCUGGGAGGGGGAAGCAGCCGGGGAAGUGGCAGAGCAGAGGGGCCUGGCUAAUACGAGGACCGGUGCAACGAGCACCGCUGCCCGACGUGAGCAGGGAAGGCAAGGGCUGAAAGCAGAGCUCGGUGAGCUGUUUGCGGUGAGCUGCAAGGAGGGGUUGGCAGGUGAGGGAGACGCACUGGCGAGGGCGAAGAGAAAGGAGAUGGUAAUGGAGAUGAUCCGCGAGGGGAUCGUAUUGACGCAGCAGGACGACGAGGAGUUUGCGAUCCUCCGCAUGUUCAUCCUUGACGAGAAGCAUCUCAGCAAGGAGCAGCACGAGAAGUUGGAGAGGAUCAUGGUGGUACAGCCUCCUGCUCCCCCUCCAAAGAGAUCUCGCACCAGGGGUAUCUAUGUAUUACAAGGUCCUGCUGAACAGGAAGGGGCUGUACUGGAGAGGAAGAACCUGGCUCAGCUGACGCUGGACGAGAUCCACGACUUCUGUGGGAUCAGCAGGCUGAAGCUGCAGGUGGUGGUAGUUGAGGAAGAGAACGAGGAUGAGAGGAGGCUGAAGGCUGUUGAGACUGGCGACAUGCAGCGGAAGUACCGAGUGAGGAGGGGGAAGGACAUCAAAUUCGCGGUGGCGAACCUCGGGGAGGAGGAAGUACGUCUGCGGGUGUUCUACCUUGGUCCUUCUACGGGGGAUGGCGAAGACGUCGGGCAAGGGGAGCAGGAGGUAGAGGGAAUCGUGCUCCAGCCAAUGACCAAGCAAGAGUUGGUCAUGCGAACGUGCCUUGGAGAAGGGCAGGACAGGGACACUGUGAUCUUGCGGCAUGCAGACGGCACAGAGCUGCGACUUGUGCUGGAGGAGUAG